GUGUGUGUGUGUGUGUGUGUGUGUGUGUGCAUGAUAAAACAAAGUAAAUAAGAGGAAGAAGGAGGCAAACUAUCGAUAUUAGAUCUCGUUAUUGUCAACCAAUCAGAGAAUUAUUCCAACUCGAUUCGUGCUCUCGGAGUGGCAUAAAUAAUCGAAUAUAUAGCGAUUAGAGAGGAAGCGUGUAAUUAAACGGCAAGACUUGUUGGAAAGAAAGAAAGAAAGACAGUACACGGUGAUCGGCCGAACAUAUCCGUCACAGUUCGUUCUCGUCUAUUCAAGUUGCGCACAUUCGUGUCAGAAGUUUAAAUUAAUCGUGUAAAAUUAAAAAACAAAACAAGAACAAGAAGAAGAAGAAAUAUCACACGGACAAAAAAGGAAAAGUAAAGGAAAAGAAAAAGAAAAAGAAAAAGAAAAGAAAGAAAAAAAAGAAAACGAAAGAGUAAAAAUAUCUCGGAAAAUUUGUUCAAACGUUUAUCGUUAAAAUAUAAAACGAAUGAACGGGAGCGGUCCAACAAGUAUUACUUUUCACCAACAUUCGACAAUAUUAUACUUCGAGGAUAGUAGUUGUGAGUCAACGACCUUGAAACUUUAUCUCUUCGUUUUUUUAUUUUUUUUUUGUUUCAUCACAUAUAAUAGAAAUACGAUAGAGUUGGAUCAUCAAGAAGUAAAGAAGGAGAGAAAGAAAGAGAAACAGAUAUAUAGAGAGCUAGGAUGGUGAAAAAAGAGAAAUACGAUGUGCAAAACAGCUGUUAUGGAAACGGAGUCGAUAGGAAAAAUUCGGCUGUUCGGUUACAAGUUGUACCAUCGCCACCAAAAACUAUCACGCAUUUACCAAAGAGACCACCAGUUGAUCUGGCCUUUUCUGAUCUCGUUUAUAAAGUUCGAGAGGGACGCAAAAACAAUGUAAAAACAAUCUUAAAAUCUGUGAGCGGCAGACUCCGUUCUAGCGAAUUGACAGCCAUUAUGGGACCAUCUGGUGCUGGAAAAUCAACUCUUUUAAAUAUACUCACCGGAUAUAAAUGGGCAGGAGUAGAAGGAAGUAUAACAAUGAACGGACACGAAAGGAAUUUAAGUGUCUUUAGAAAACUCUCUUGCUACAUCAUGCAGGAUAAUCAACUUCAUGCCAAUUUAACUGUCGCUGAAGCUAUGAAGGUCGCUGCAAGUCUCAAACUUGGAAAACACGUUUCAAAAGACGAGAAAGAAGAAGUGAUACAAGAAAUAUUAGAAACUUUAGGUUUAUCCGAACAUAGACAUACUAUGACCUCGAACUUGAGCGGCGGUCAAAAGAAAAGACUUUCGAUCGCCCUUGAACUUGUCAAUAACCCUCCCGUCAUGUUCUUCGAUGAACCCACAAGUGGAUUGGAUUCAUCAUCUUGUUUCCAAUGUAUAUCCCUGCUGAAGACAUUAGCUCGUGGUGGAAGAACAAUCAUUUGUACGAUUCAUCAACCCAGUGCAAGAUUAUUCGAAAUGUUCGAUGCGUUAUAUACUUUAGCCGAAGGUCAAUGCGUUUAUCAAGGAUCUACUUCUCAGCUGGUACCUUUCUUAAGAACAAUUAAUCUGAAUUGUCCAAGUUAUCAUAAUCCAGCUUCUUUCAUAAUCGAAGUCGCUUGUGGAGAAUACGGUGACAAUUUAAAAAAUUUGGUGAACGCGAUUAAAAAUGGAAAAUACGAUAUACGCGAAGGCCAUCCGUUUCCUGAUAUCAAAAAUGAAGGUUUGAAUAAUACUGGAGCAAACUCUAGUUUCCAGAAGGACGUAGAAUCAAUUGAAAAUCAACGAGAAGUUAAAGAUAAAAAAAAUGUCAAUAACAUGGAGGAAAAAUUUCCAGAAAAUGAACAAAUCAAGGAAAUCAAUAAUGGUGGAAUUAUUCCGAGUUAUGUCACAAACGACAUUGUUAAACAAGCUCCCGAAGUAACGAUACCUAUUUCUAACGAAAAAGACAACGUCAAGACGGCACUCCUCGACGACACGAUCAUCGUUACACCGGAAAGAUAUCCUAUCUCAGAAAUCGUACAAUUCUGGAUCGUUUUGAAGAGAGCGUUACUUUUCAGUCGAAGAGAUUGGACUCUGAUGUAUCUUCGUCUAUUUGCUCAUAUUCUGGUAGGCUUUUUAAUAAGUGCACUUUAUUACGAUAUUGGUAAUGAUGGUGCUAAAGUACUAAGCAAUCUUGGAUUUUUAUUCUUCAACAUGUUAUUCCUUAUGUACACGUCCAUGACUAUUACAAUUUUAUCCUUCCCGUUAGAACUUCCAGUACUCCUCAAAGAGAAUUUCAACAGAUGGUAUUCUUUAAAAGCGUAUUAUUUAGCCCUCACUGUGUCGGACAUACCUUUCCAGGCUAUCUUUUGUAUAAUCUACGUUACAAUCGUUUAUUUUCUAACGAGUCAACCGGCUGAAAUAAUGAGAUUCAGCAUGUUCCUAAGUGCCUGCCUGUUGAUAUCAUUCGUCGCACAAUCAGUAGGUCUUGUCGUCGGUGCUGCCAUGAAUGUACAAAAUGGUGUAUUUUUAGCGCCAGUAAUGUCAGUACCGUUCCUAUUAUUCUCGGGUUUCUUCGUCAGUUUCGAUGCCAUUCCUGUUUAUCUUAGAUGGAUAACUUAUCUUAGUUACAUCAGAUAUGGUUUUGAAGGAACAGCAUUAGCUACUUAUUCCUUCGCACGAGAAAAGCUCAAAUGCUUCCAGGUAUACUGCCACUUCAAAAAUCCAGAAACGACAUUAGAGGAACUCGAUAUGCUCGAUGCCGAUUUCACUCUGGACAUUCUUGCUCUUCUUUUGAUAUUCGUUGUUCUACGAAUUGCUGCGUAUCUGUUUCUCCGUUGGAAAUUGAAGUCAGCACGAUAAUAACCAUCAAAUUCAUCGAUUGUAUUUCUGUUUUUUUUUUUUUUUAUUUUUUAUUUUUUUUGUAAAUUCACGAUCUCGACGAUAGUGAAACGAUUAAGAAAGAAACAUUUCUUGUUCUACGAAAAGAUUCCAAGAUUGAUGGAUCUUUUUUUACCGGUGCUAUCGAAUAUUUUUUGAACUUGGACAAUUACAUGUUGAACAUCUUUUGAUCCGCUUGCCGAUGCUUCAUGUAGAAAUAUGGAAGAUAAUCUACUAUGUGUAUGGAACCAGAGAAGAUUGUGCCGAAAUGAAAUCGAGAAAAAUAUAACAUGGAGAGUCUUAACCGUUUGA